AUGGAGCCGCCGUCUCACUUCUUCAGCGAUUGUCUGGACUUCGACGACACGAAUUCGUUUCAAAGUCCGGACCAAGACGUCGACGGCGGGAGCAUCAGCCUGAAUGGCUAUCAGCCUUACGGCACCAAGUUUGAUAUUGGCGGUCCCCCGACGCCUGCCGACGCGGGAGAUGGGGAAAUCAGAGCGGAUGUUUGGGAUGGCUUCACUGAGCCAAUGGGCGGGACGGUGGGAAUGGCGGACCAAAAGCAACUCUUUGUCGACCCUGAACUUUACAGUCCCGAAAGUGAAGACGAAGAUACGAAGCCGCAGAUCCACGUGGUCCCGAUGAACACCUCCCGGCCAUCCACUCGGAGAGCCUCGAGCAGCAAAUCGUUCUCGCAAAGAACGUCCAAGUCUGGCAGCACGUCCACGGAUAUCACCCCCCCUGAGCAAGACGAGCCUCCAAGAAAAAGAAAGGCGAGAAAAGUAAAGAAGGAGCCGAGCACGGCCGAGGAUGAGGAGAAGAGGAUCAAAUUCCUGGAGCGCAACCGCAUAGCCGCCAUGAAGUGCCGCGAAAAGAAGAAGCAUUACGUAUCCGAGCUGGAGGAGGCGAAAAUCAAGGAAGAAACACAGAACGUGCACUUACGGAUGGUAUACAACGGUUUGCUCACCGAAGUGAGCGGCCUGAAGCAUCUUCUCAUGACUCAUGCAGAGUGCAACGACGAGAACAUCGACCAGUGGAUCAACAACUCGGCCAGGCGGAUCGUUCAGACUCCAAAUGAGACGUUCCGUCAGUCGUUCAGUUUCGGUCAGAGCACCCAGGCCACACUUGGACAGACUCCCCAGCCUCCUCUCCCGCCAGGCUCCCCACGCAGCCGCAACGCCAGCAUCGCUUCGUCAUACCCAUCUCUGCAGAGUGUGCCGAGUAUGCAGUUUGAGGGCUUCGGGUCGGGGGAGCGGCAGGGGAGCAUCGCCUAUUCACUCGGUACUGCCUCAUUGUAUUCUCCCACCGAUGACACAUUUCCGUGCCUAGAAUCGCCUCAGUUGAAGCGAGAGCCAGGCAUCAACUAUGAUCACAUGCCCGACUCAAUGUUCAGUCCAGAUCCUUCGAGGUUUGGCGGUGGAUGA